AUGGCUGGUGUAAAACCGUGCGAACGCUCUUCAUUAUGGUCUUUUGAAUCCAAACGGGUCGUUGAUUUAUUCGUAAAGCCUUGGACAUUGUGUAUAUGCUGUGAUUUAUUUCGAGUUAUGCCAAUGGACAUGAACACAUUAUUGAGUUUGUUUCUCACUAAACGCUGCCCUAAAGAAUUACUAAGCUUACGACAACGAGCUCGUAUUCUCUUGUCAACUUUAACACAGCACUGGUUAUCUCCAAUUCGUUUUUACGCUGUACAAUCGUGUGUAAGUAUACACAGCGAUACAUUACCCGCGAAGACGUACCCAUUAUCCGCCGAACACACAUUCUAUACUAUGUACAAGCCUGGUCGGUUCAACGAUUGA